CAGCUCCCCUGGCUGGCUUGAGCAUCCGUGUUGUGCAAAGGCAGUGUUGUAAUGAGCGGAGGGUGGGGGUGUAUUGCUGGAAGAUUCUGCAGAAAAUCUUAGGAGUGGACCCCAUUUCAUCGUAUAUUGUGGGGGCUGCUUGCUUCUCAGAGCAGCAGUAGUAGCCCAGUUUCUGCCAAAGCCAUAACCUUUACGGGGAUGGAGGCUUUUCAGUGUCAAUGAUUGGAAUAGACUGAUACCAACCUGUCCCUCCCGAGAUGUCAAAGAGGCCAUCCUAUGCCCCUCCCCCACCCCCUGCUCCUGCAGCUCAAAUUCCCAACACCCCUGGGUUUGUGGGGUACAACCCUUACAGCCAUUUGGCCUACAACAAUUACAGACUUGGCGGAACCCAAACCACCAACAGUCGAGCAACGAACUCCUCUGGCAUAAAUAUCCCCAAACCACCCAAGCCACCGGACAAGCCUCUGAUGCCAUAUAUGAGAUACAGUCGCAAGGUUUGGGAUCAAGUAAAAGCCUCCAAUCCUGAUCUGAAGCUAUGGGAAAUUGGGAAGAUAAUCGGUGGCAUGUGGAGGGACCUCACUGAUGAGGAGAAACAGGAUUAUUUGAAUGACUACGAAGCAGAGAAGAUUGAGUAUAAUGAAAGCUUGAAGGCCUAUCACAACUCACCAGCCUACUUGGCCUACGUCAAUGCAAAAAGUCGUGCGGAGGCUGCUCUGGAGGAGGAAAGCCGCCAAAGACAGUCCAGACUAGACAAGGGUGAGCCGUACAUGAGUAUCCAGCCAGCGGACGACCCAGAUGAUUAUGACGAUGGGUUUUCCAUAAAACACUCGGCCGCGGCGCGUUUCCAGCGCAACCACCGCCUUAUCAGUGAGAUCCUGAGCGAGAGCGUGGUGCCUGAUGUGCGCUCUGUCGUCACCACGGCCAGAAUGCAGGUCCUCAAACGCCAGGUCCAGUCUCUAAUGGUGCACCAGAGGAAGCUGGAAGCAGAGUUGCUUCAGAUUGAAGAUCGUCACCAGGAUAAGAAGAGAAAAUUCAUUGAAGCAACUGAGUCAUUCACAAAUGAGCUCAAAAGGCUGUGCUGUAUGAAGGUGGAGGUGGACAUGGAUAAGAUCUCAGCUGAGAUCGCUGCAGCAGAAGAAGUGGCUCGCAAACGGAUGGCUGAUCGAGAGAAGGACUCAGGAGAGAGAGGGAGCAGAGAGGGAGCGGGCUGUGUUUUAGCUGAAGAAGAGAAACACGUCUGUUCCACUCAUGGGAACAAGUCCCAGAAUACUCCCAGUGACAUCAGCAAGGAUAGUGAGGACGCAGAGAUCAACUCCACAGACCCACCAGGAAAGCCAAAGGUCUCAGAGGAGGUGGAGGGUCCUGUGGGCAGUGAGGAGGGGGUGUCGGAGGACAAAGAGAGUGUCCCAGAAGGAGCCAUGGAGGAGGGCACCAGCGACAGCAACACAGGCUCCGAGACCACCUCAGCUCAGACUGAAGAUGCCCCUAACAGUGAGGCGUCAGAGGGGCCAAGCCGUGCCAGGGCCCACUGACCCACACCUGAAUGUCUGAACAGUCCUAUUACACAUAUUGCACAGGUUCAUCUCAGAUUGUCAGAGUUUAUUGAGUAUGCCAUUUUUCAUGUUUUGCAUGUUAUGUUUAAAACACCUUGGCUCCAUUUGGAGGUUGUACACAUAAGAACAAACACUUAGCCACUAAACAAUGGUCCUGUCUAAAGUAUUGGCAGCUCAGUGAUCCACAAACAGCCAUGUGAGAGCAUUAUAUAAUUUCCAUUUGGAAUAAACAGGACGAGUUUAGCCAUUUAAAUACAUAUCUUAUCGUUGCUCUCUAGUGCUAAAUCUGAAAGAGAGUUGACUUUACAUUGAAAUAAUAUUGUUCAGUGUUUGAAUUUUAUUCUUUGUAUUGUAAUGUUAUUGUUGCUUUUAUUGUUAUUUUUGCAUGUUGCAGUUUUGUUGACAAAUUUGUGAAAAGUGCGGUGGCGGUCAACCUUCUUUGUUUACUCGGUAUCAGUAUUACAGUGGCAGUAUUGUCUCAGGAGUUUGUAGUCUUCAGUAGUAAUAGUUAUUUAUUAUCAGCAUUUUAUUGUACUUGUGUAUUGGCUGUCCUUGGCCGGAGCCAGGCCCAUGGAUGAGUGUAUCACAUGAUGACUAAUGCUGUACAAUGCCAACUACCAGUGUUCUCAAGUUUGCUGGCUGUCAAUCAAAUCAAAAGCAGUACGCUUAGAACAUGUACGUGUUUUAUCAAUAUUGCAAUUUUAACAGAACAUUUUGAAAUGUACUGUAAUUGUGUAAACAAUGUGUUAUAAGGUUUGCAUAAAAAAUGAGGUUCAUGUCAUAUAAACAGCUUGAAGAGGUAUUAUAAACAUGCAGUCUUAAAAAGAAUUUCCUUUUUCAUAUUUAUACCAAUAAACUUUUGUACAC